AUGAACUUAGACACCUACACGAUCCAAGCUAAGAUUCGUUUCCCGAAGCUGCAUCUGGAAGGUCUUUACAAGCUAGAUACUCAAAUACUUAUAAUACCCCUGCGUGGUCAAGGACAGUUCUUCGCUGAUGCCGUAAAAUGCGACGCUAACGUUGAAAUUAAGAGUGAGAUAUACGAAAGGGAGUCAACGCAGUACAUAAAAUUUAAAAGCAUGGCCCUCGAAAUUAACUUAAAAGACUACCGCAUUAGGCUUAAUGGCCUUUUCAAUGGUGACAAAACGCUUGAGGAAGCUACAAAUGAAGCAAUUAAUCAGAAUCGAGACGAGUUUCUGCAGGCCAUGAAACCCUACAUCGAGAAGACAGCAGCGAACGUCCUACUGGACAUAGCCAAUAAAAUAGUUUAUUCUAUGCCUUUAGAUGACCUAUUUCCUAAAGAAUAA